AUGCUGCUACUGACUGUCCUCGCCUUGUGUUGUGCGAUGAUCGUGCAGGCUCGCUCACAUCUUGGACGCACUGCCAAGGUCGUCGAUGCGAGGCAGUUCACCAAUGAGACGACCUAUGAUUUUGUCAUCGUCGGCGGUGGUAUUGCAGGGCUUACCGUUGCAGAUCGCUUGACGGAGAAUCCAGAUGUUACUGUACUGGUCAUCGAAUAUGGCCCUUUCGACUUGAAAGAGGACGGCGUCAUGAUCCCUGGCGCAUAUUUCCCAGUACCGUACCUCUGGCUACCAUUAAUGAGUACACCACAAACCGCGCUUAACAAUGCGUCAUUUGGUGUGCCAUGUGGUAGAGUUGUGGGUGGUGGGUCUGUAGUCAAUGCGAUGUUCUUCCAUCGAUCGGAUGCUGAGCUUUACAACGCGUGGGAGGAGCUGGGGGCGACGGGCUGGGGUUGGUUCGAUCUGCUUCCGUAUUUCAAGAAGAGUGAGACCUUUACAGCACCAGAUGCAGAAUAUGCGGGACGUCAUAACAUUACGUGGGACGUCGCCAUACAUGGCUCUGACGGCCCGGUGCAAGCCAGUCAUGCUCCGUACGACUACCCAGGAAGUGCCAAUAAGUACAAUGGAGCACUAAGUUUGGGUAUCCAGCCGACUUUGGAUCCCAACGGUGGGCGCGCCCAAGGCGUAUUCCGCCUUCUUCGCUCUAUCGAUCCUAAAAUACAGACGCGUUCUUCAGCUCGCAUCAACCGCUACGACAGGGAUGCUGUAAGACCGAACUAUCACAUCCUUCCGAAUACAGCAGUAUCGCGUGUCGUUUUCGAAAAUCUCACCGCUGUAGGUGUUGAUCAUAUUAGCACUUCCGAUGGUACGAGAGGUACUGUCCAAGCAAGCAGAGAAGUCAUUAUAGCUGCUGGAAGCGUACAUACACCACAGAUACUACAACUCUCUGGGAUUGGUGACCCAGUUCAUCUCAAGAAUCUUGGUAUCGAGCCGAUCUCCCAGCUCCCUGGCGUCGGUCGCAACCUGCAGGAUCAUCUAGUUCUGAAGGUGAAUUACAAUUACACGUCCAACCACGUUCCAAACGGUGGAUCCUUGCAGUCUAACGCUACAUAUGCCAUGGAGCAACGCGUUCUCUAUAACACGGGGAAGCCGAGCGCAUACGACCUUACUGGUACAACUGGCAAUCUAAUCAUUCAGCUGCCUCUUUCGAACUUCACAAACGCCUCCGUAUCAAUUAUGUCUAAAGCGGCUUCAAUAUCUCCUGCCGAUAUACUGGGCAAAGAUAUCGACCCAUCCAUACUCGCUGGUUACGAGAAACAGCGUGCCAUCAUAACCAAGGGCAUCAACACGGAGGCUGUGGGUGGCUUGUCAUGGAACACUGGACCAGAGACAAGUAUCUACAUGACGCGUCCUUUUAGCCGUGGAUCUAUCAAGAUAAAAUCUACUAAUGUCCUCGAUGCCCCACUCAUUGACUAUGGCGCAAUCACCGAUUCGACCGAUCUUGAUAUAUUGUAUGCCAUCUAUAUGAAAAACCGGGAACUUAUGGCCACACCUGAUCUUGCUAUCCUUGGUCCUAUCGAGACAGCACCCGCGCCAGGCAUUGAAAACGAGGACGACAUCAAAGAGAGUAUCAAAGCAGCAUUGGAGCCAAGUAACGCGCAUCAAUGUUGUACGGCCGCUAUGAUGGCAAGGAAAGACGGUGGUGUUGUCGACCCGCAAAACAGAGUCUAUGGAACACGCAGGAUUAGCGUAGUAGAUGCGAGCACGUGGCCUCUUGUCGCUGGUGGUGGGCCACAGGCUAGUGUAUAUGCUGGGGCAGAGAAGGCUGCAGAUUUGAUCAAAGAGCGUCACGGAUUACUCUGA